GUUGUCAGGUCAAGCCUUGUUUGUCAGGCUGCUAGGCUGUGCUAGCGAUGACCUUAGCCACUGACGAGCAGAUUUCACUCAAAUAUCGACUGCCUUCAUAGACUAAACAUCGUACUGCAAGACUACAGACUUGCUGCUCAUAAGAAGGACUGAUCGCUUCCCUUUGCCAGGAUAAUCUGCGGCGGUAUCGUCGUGCAAGACGACUGAGACAUAUUCCGGGCCAGGCUACUUGCAGGGGUUUGCUUUCAGGUGCUUCCACAUGGCUUCCCUUUCGACCAUCGUGGGCAUACAGUCGAGGCCUCUAGGCGCCUUAGGACGCCGCAUGAGCCAUGACUCUGGAUGCAUGCUAGAGCCUGGUUAUGGGUGUCCGGGGCUGGUGCUCUCGCUUUCCUCUCGCCCGCCACCCAAAACCACCACAAGCAACAAGAGUCAACGGCCUGUGCAUAUAUCCAACUCUCCUGUCCAACACAUCCUCUAUCCCUUUGCCGCCACUACUUAGUCUUGUACAACAUACCAGCGGCUGUUUGCGACCAUCAGCCCAAACAACCCAUACUAUGAGCGCAACAACAACAACCAACAGGCUGCCCUCCUUCUCUGCGCAGAACCCAGUCAAGCGGAAAAAAUCCAGCGUCGCAUCCGGCGUCAGCGGGUCUAUCGCAGGCUCUGUCUCUUCAAGGUCGACGAGCAUCGCCCUAUCUGCAGAAUGUUUGUACAGCAUGCAAGAACCAUCAGCAACAAAUCUCAACGCGACUCAGCAGUUUCAUCGGCCAUCCCUCAAGCGCGCCGCUGAACCGGUCUUGAUUCGAUACUUGCGCUGCUCGGCCGUCCUGCCUAUCCCCCUACAGCAAGCGACAAGGGUGAUUGCGAUGUUCAAGUGUUUCCGUAAAGUCCUACCGGCUGGUGCGCGCGCUUCAGCAACACCUACAAUGGAGCUGCUAUACAGUCAUUUCACGCGCAUCUGGCCUAAAGAACAGGAUGUAGCAGCUGGAGCGUCUGCGCAACAAGAAGAAGGCGUACAAUCGCUUGUUAUGUACGACCAGAACUCGCGAGUUGACUUUGUCUUGCCGGUUGCUGAAGAUUUGCCACAAUCAUUAUCGUUGCCAGGCGGUGGUAGUAUCUACUAUACUCUGCAAAUUCAAGCAAACUUGCCAAUCCCAGGAAAGAAGACUGGCGAAGCGAGCAUGUACAGUCAAGAACUCGUGGUUUCCAUUCCAGCGCCCGAGUCAGCCUAUUCUCCUUCUCGUCUACCAAGACGCAUUACAACGGCCAACAUGACGGGUCACGCACAAGAUCAUUUUGGUAUUCUCAUCACACCAGACAUUUCACUCCAUGUCUCUGUACCACAAGAAAUCCAUUAUGCGCGGCAACAGCACUCUGUAUUCAAGAUUCACAUCAAACUCAUGCCGCAUCCACCAGAAGCAAAACUCCCAGCCAUUGCAAAGCUAGAGUGGAAAUUAACGCAACGCACGCAUAUCGGUAAAGUGAAUACCGCAGGCACGAGUGAUUGGCCUUCUGCAGGCGUCUUUCCUGAAUCUCCCACAAAAAGUGCUUUUAAUGCACAUAACACGAAUAAUGCCAAACCCACCUCGCAGAGCAAGAAAAACGCCAAAUUGGGUGAAUCAAAAGCGACACUUGCAUCGGGCAUUAUUGCCUUUGCCAAUGCCGCAGAAUCGUCAGCAACACCCGGUGCCAAGGGAAGAUUCUCAAGUGCCUCACGUCAUGUUGGACAAGGUGCCGCUGCACAAGCCAAACAUGCCGCUGAAAAGGCAGCCGAAUCAGAUGCCGGUGCUGAGGAUGCUAUGAUGGGUGGAUCUCGCAAAGACCAGUACCUCUAUAUUGCACUCCCUGAACAAUCUGCCUUGUUGCAACCCAUGUCAGAUGGGAAUCCAUUUUUGGAGAUUCUGCAUCAGCUUGAGAUUGAACUAUUCCCCUUCCAUGCGCAGAAUGUGGCAGGUGGAGCGAAUGGCAGUGGUAAUAAUACUCUCAGCAAGACAUUCUGGCAUUGGCGGCACUCCUUAUCCGCAUGGGGUGGCGGUGGCAAGAACAAACCCGGUAGUUACGGCGAACCUGCUAUGCCGGGGCAAACUCAUGCUCGAGAACGCUGGCAAGCGGAGAUCCCCGUCAAAAUCACACUUGCCUUUGAUCAGCAUGAAAAGUUGACUACAGCUGUGACGAGUAUGACUCCUGCUGCACGCUCCUUGUCGUCUGGUGGACCAAGUCCUGCGCUACCGCAAGGGAAUGUGCGUGGCGAACGUGGCUUCAAUGGACCUGCGCUGAUCACACCAGGACCUGGAUUUGGUCAUGGUGGGAAACUUGCCAUUAGUUCUGGCGCUUGAAGUGCGCCUCAAUUUGAACGAGUAAAGGUUCACUGAUGUGCCAAGAUCUAUUUAACAAUCAUGUAGCUCAUUGAAUUCGAUUGAAUUUUACCAAAAGCAAAAGCUU